AUGAAAAACGCUGACAAGUAUCUAGCAAACGUUAAAAAAUUCCUUAGAAAAGUACCCUUGCUAUACAAACUGCUCUGUACAGAAAAACACGAACACAAAACCCUCAAGCGAGUAGUCGGCUUCAUAUACGGCAUUAUCCUAGGAAUUCUAUUCCACAAGUUCAUCUUAGUUGACCUGAACUUUACGGAAGACGCCUCAUUUUUCGUCGCACUGAUAAUAUGCCUAAUGCUCGCUUUUGGCAUAGCCUUCUCCUCCCAAAUAAGAUGCAUCACUUGUCUCACAUUUCCCAGCUUCGGAGGGAAGGUAGGAAGGAGCGUUCUCAAAGCCAUGGUGGUGGCUUUCAUCAUUUCCGGUCCAGUGGAGAACCUGGCCAACAACGGAAAGGAAGUCGUUAGGGUGUUCGCUUGUUCGGCAUCUUUGACUUACAAUCUGACCAAGACCAGGUUUGAACUGAUGUACAAACCUUUCACCGAAGCUAUUUUCGGAAUGAAGACGGACGUGAACGAGGUGAAAGAUACGAUAAGGUCCAUUAGAGACGUGUCCUCGCCCAUCACGGGAGAGAUAGAAGACGAGUCUGAGAUGAAGAAGAUGAAGGAAGAGAAUGACUAUUUGGACGAGCAAGUAGGGGACACGAAGAGGUCGUCCUUGUUGGAUGCCAAGUACCAAACGAAAGGUGAACAAGUUGAAGCUGAGAGAUUCGAGAAGAAGUACCUGAAAAAAAUCGAGAUGCGGUGUGAAAGCCAGUUCACCAGCGCGGGAAAGAAGUGCCGCAACAUGUUCGAAAGUGCCUACAACAAGUGCUACGACACCGUCUCCUGGAUAGCUGCUUGGCUGUUGUGCUGGCCGAUGAAACUAGACUUCGUUUGCAACAUAGCAGAAGCGAUAGGCGGUGCCAACAGAUGCGAUCCCUCCAAGGAGAUAGACCCAGGUUUUGGAGAAGGUUAUUCUUACCUGAAACAUUCCAGAGAAUCCCUGGCUCAAAACUUCAAGGACGUCAGGCUGCAGUACAAGAUACCAAAGAUCCAACAGCUUCGAGACAUCAGAGACGCUAGAGACACCGCUGUAGCGGUAAUGCAUACUGUCCAACAGAAGAAAAAUUUACUCUCCACCUUUCUCGUCGUUAUCAAACGCAUAUUAGCUUUUGUUUUCCUAAGGAUAAUCAUACAGUCCCAAAACUACCACGACAAGUACUUGAGGGACAUCGAGUUCGACAACAUCUUCAUAACGAAGUACUUCAGGAAGAUAGACGCCCGUAGGAAGGUGCAAGAGAAACACACCUUGCUUCCGCUGAAGAAAAUUGAGAGGAAGAAAAUGGUGGAUGUAACAUCGCUUACUCCUUUGAAGAGCGAGAGAGAAAAGAUACUGAGGGAAACAGCUGUACUGCUCCUGGAAAUGAUCACGGCUACGAUUCUGGUACUCCUGGACAAGCUUUUUUAUGAGACUCUGGAUCUGAUCAGGAGACACGCCAGAAUAGACUACGUCCAAUCUGGCAAACAUGACAUCAUGAUAGACGUUAAAGGGAAGCCAUGGUUGUGUACUGGAAUGAUAGCUUCUGUGCUCAGAUCACUCGUUAAGGGAUUCAAUGUAAAAAAACGUAUUCGAAUCGAGAGAACCAACGCGAUAUGCCUUCCGAGGCCCAAUUUGCUGCUAAAGUAUUAUAUUUUCAAAAUAUACGGUACGUAUUUUGCGAUAUGGGUCAUGAUGUUGGUCCAGGCGUAUAUGCUGAGGUUGAGGAGUGUCAUCUGCGGUUAUUUCUACAGAAAGAGACAGAAAAAACGCAUACUGUUUCUUUACAACGAAUCACUGAAGAGGAGAAUCGGAUUCUUCAGAUUCAUGCGCAAGAAAGUGCAAACUAUGGCGAGAGAGCACCGCUUGAAAGAGAAUUUCAACGUCUUCGCCAUCCUCAGGAUGAACUAUCCUCAAAAAUGCAACUGGUUGUACAUUUUUCCUUGUGCAAGGCGACGCUGCUUGAUUUGUGACGAGGUGGAACCAAGCAAGAACAGCGAUUUUGUGGAAUGUCCUGACGAGGCUUGCCAUUUUAUAUACUGCAAGGAAUGUUGGAUCGAUAUGGACAGCUUGUGCUUGGCUUGCCAGGCUAGAAACGACGAAAGUUCUAGUGGGGUUGAUACUACGUCUGACGAUGACACCGACUUUUAG